CAUGCUUCUGACGAGAACACUUCUCCCCUACAAAGACAUAGAACCCCCAGACAGCCCCGCUGAACCCCAUCCAGUCAUCUACCAGGACGCAGACACACAACGAUCCCUCACCUUCCAACAAAUCAAAGAUGGCGCCCUCUCCUUCGGCCAGGGCCUCAAAGCCAUCUUCGACUGGAAAAAAGGCGACGUGCUCGCUCUCUUCACCCCCAACAGCAUCGACACCCCCGUCGUGAUGUGGGGAACACACUGGGCCGGCGGCGUCGUCUCUCCCUCCAACCCAGCCUACACAACAGAGGAGCUGGCCUUCCAGCUGAAAAACUCCGGUGCCAAAGCCCUUAUCACACAAGCGCACCUUCUCCCCGUGGCCACGGCCGCCGCCAAGGAAGUCGGGAUCCCCGAAGACCGCAUCAUCCUCAUCGGCGACGAGCGCGAUCCCCAAUCCCGAAUCAAACACUUCACCUCCAUCCGCAACAUCUCAGGCGCCAAUCGGUUCCGCAAGACCAAGAUUAACCCGUCCCGCGACCUAUCCUUCCUAGUCUACUCGUCCGGCACGACCGGCGUGCCCAAGGGCGUCAUGCUCUCACACCGUAACAUCAUCGCCAACACCCUCCAACUCGCCACCGGCGAAGCAGGCAACCUGAGCUGGAACAGCGGCGCAGACGGUAAAGGCGACCGAGUUCUCGCCUUCCUCCCCUUCUUCCACAUCUACGGCCUCAACUGCCUCAUCCACCAAACUAUGUACCAAGGCUACCACCUCUUCGUGAUGACGCGAUUCGACAUCGAGAAAUGGUGCUCUCACGUCCAAACCCACCGAAUCACAUUCAGCUACGUUGUCCCGCCUGUGGUCCUCCUCCUAGGCAAACACCCGAUCGUCGACAAAUACGACUUCUCCUCCCUCCGCAUGAUGAACUGCGGCGCCGCCCCGCUCACCCAAGAACUCGUCGAAUCCGUCUACGCCCGCAUCCACUGCGGCAUCAAACAGGGCUACGGCCUCAGCGAAACCAGUCCCACCACCCACACCCAACCCUGGGACGAAUGGCGCACCACCAUCGGCUCCGUCGGUAAACUCCUCCCCAACAUGGACGCCAAAUACAUGACCAUGCCCGAGGACGGCUCCGACUCCACCGAGGUUCCCCCCGGCCAGGUCGGCGAACUGUACAUGCGCGGCCCCAACGUCUUCCUCGGCUACCACAACAACCCCGCCGCCACAGCCGACUGUCUCUCCCCCGACGGAUGGUUCCGCACCGGCGACGUCGGCUACCAAGACGACCAGGGCAACUUCUUCAUCACCGACCGCGUCAAGGAGCUGAUCAAAUACAAGGGCUUCCAGGUAGCCCCGGCAGAGCUAGAGGGUAUCCUGAUCGACAACGACGCCGUCGACGACGUCGCCGUCAUCGGCAUCGAGAGCGAGGCCCACGGCACCGAGGUACCCCUGGCCUACGUCGUCCGGAGCGCACAGAGUCUGAGUUCCGGACACCCCGCGCCCCAAAUCGCAGCAGAUAUCGUCAAGUGGCUAGACGCCAAGGUCGCGUAUCACAAGAAACUAAGAGGCGGCGUCUGGUUUGUCGACGAGAUCCCCAAGAGCCCGAGCGGGAAGAUCCUAAGACGUGUCUUGAAGAAGAAGGCCAAGGAGGAGGGAGUCGGUGCUGGCGCUGCCGGUCCGAAGGCGAAGUUGUGAUCGUCAUCGUGAUCGUCAUCCGUGGGGUUAUAUCUGGUUGGUUGGUUAGCCAGCUAGGUAUCAGGUAUCAGGUAUCAUGACUGGAUUGGAUUGGACUAGAUGUGUACAUACUUUCUAUCGUAC